CGGAAACCCAACCCUUACGCCCGUAGAGAUGCCCCGGAGCCGCCAGAAAACAACCCACCUCCUCAAACGCCGCUCACGACUCCGCGGCGGCGCCCGUUUCCUCCGCCGUCGCCUGCGAAGCAUUUGAAGGCAGUGCUUUUGAGGACGCACGCCGCGGUGAAGCCUAGCGCUGGAGCGAUAAAGGAGGGGGAGGAGGAAGAACCGGAGCUCGAUAAGAGUUUUGGGUUCUCGAACAAGUUCGGGAGCAGGUUUCAAGUUGGGGAGGAGGUGGGACGGGGGCAUUUUGGGUAUACCUGCUCCGCCAUUGCCAGGAAGGGUGAACUUCAAGGCCGGAAAGUCGCAGUAAAGAUCAUUCCCAAGUCCAAGAUGACAACAGCUAUCGCUAUUGAAGACGUUAGAAGAGAGGUUAAGAUACUGCGUGCCUUGACAGGACAUCCCAAUAUCGUACAGCUUUAUGAUGCAUUUGAAGAUGCUGACAAUGUCUAUAUAGUAAUGGAGUUGUGUGAAGGGGGAGAGCUCCUAGAUAGGAUACUGGCAAGAGGUGGGAAAUUUUCUGAAGAUUAUGCAAAGGCUGUCAUCAUACAGAUUCUGAAUGCUGUAGCUUUUUGCCAUCUCCAGGGCGUGGUGCACCGGGAUAUUAAACCAGAGAAUUUUCUAUUUACCUGCAAAGAUGAAAGUUCCCAGUUGAAAGCUAUUGAUUUCGGAUUAUCAGAUUUUGUCAGGCCAGAUCAAAAGUUUACCGAUGUUGUUGGAAGUGCAUAUUAUGUCGCACCUGAAGUUUUGCGCAGGUUAUAUGGUGCAGAGGCUGAUGUAUGGAGUAUCGGUGUUAUCGCAUAUAUUCUUUUAUGUGGUGGCCGCCCAUUUUGGGCUAGAACGGAGUCUGGCCUUUUUAGGGCUGUUUUGAAAGCUAAUCCAAGCUUUGAUGAAAAUCCUUGGCCAUCAUUAUCUCCUGAGUCGAAGAACUUUGUCAGCCGCCUAUUAGAUGAAGAUCCUAGCCGGAGAAUAUCAGCUGCUCAGGCUCUGUGUCAUCCAUGGGUUCAGAAUCACAACAAAGUAAAACUCACACUUGAUAUUCUUGUAUUCAGACUCAUGAAAGCCUACAUGCGGUCAUCAUCUUUGCGUAAGGCUGCCUUAGGGGCUUUGUCCAAGACAUUGACAGUAGAUGAACUCUUUUAUAUAAAGCAGCAAUUCGCAUUGAUGCUUCCAGAUGAAAACGGAGGCAUAUCUUUAGAGACCAUAAAAAUGGCGCUGAAGAAAAAUGCGACAGGUGCUGCUGAGGAGUCUCACUUUCUGGAUCUCCUCAACCCUCUAAAUGCACUCCAAUUUAGAAGGAUGUAUUUUGAAGAGUUCUGUGCAGCUGCGCUGAGUGUCGGUCAACUAGAGGCACUCGACUGUUGGGAAAAACGUGCUCGCUGUGCAUAUGAGAUAUUUGAGAAAGACGGAAACAGGGUUAUCUUCAUUGAAGAAUUAGUAUCAGAACUUGCACUUAGUCCUUCGCUGCCAUUCCAUACUGUUCUUCAAGAGUGGAUAAGGCAGAGUGAUGGGAAGCUGACAUUGCCAGGUUUUGUGAAACUGUUGCGCGGGAAAUCCACCCGAGCAGCGUCAAAGAUACCGUGACUGUGUUUGAGAUGACAUAGAUUGGAUAAACAGCCACAGGAGUUGAGUAAUACAACCCCAUUAUAAUUUUUCUUCUGUAUUCUUGGUGAAGAAGCAGAAGACAUGCCAAUGGCAGGAUUCAAGAGUUCCAAUUUACGCCAAAAAGAGCCGAUCGAGUUGUGCUGGACAAUCAACAACAGGAGAACCAGUCAAGUGAAUAUUGGAAAGAAAAAUGACCUAUGCUCCAACCACGGGCUGAUGAACGGGCUCAAUUAAUUAAAUGUUUUCAGUAAAGAAUAUACUUUAAUAAAUAAAAUAUAGGACUGAGAAUUCUAUCAUAGUCCAUUCGAGGAAUUAGACUAUCAUUCAUCAAGGAUAUCAUAGCCUGAGAAAGAGUCGGGAAACAUACUAUAGGAUAUAUGGCCCUCCCCAGUAGAGAAUGUUUGUCAGAGCUCUUUGUUAGUCGGGAAACAUACUAUAGGAUAUCAAUGUUUUAUGAAUAGAGAGGAUAUGCAUAUCCAAAGGGAGUACCGGACAACUCAUUUUCUUUGUCGUUAUAUAAAGAACUACCACUGGCAG